AUGGAUGCACAUAUGAUAAAUGCUGCAGUAGUGAUCAACCUUGCUGAAAUGCGCAAAGCCAUGACCUGCGCCUAUACCUUCACCUCAAAGGUAAAGCCAAAAAAGUAUCUGAAGCAUCACUAUAAUAUCAACCAGAUGAAGGAAAGUAGGAUACUCUGGUGUAUCCACACUAUAAGUGCCAUCUACAUUAACUUGGUGUUGAUGCACUACGUCUUCUGGAGUGUUCCUCAAAGAUUCCUGGAAGAAUGGUGUCUGCGACUCCGUUGUGCUCCGCCGUCACUGUUUUCGAUAGUCGAGUCGCCGUUAAGGUCAUUUUAUGAGGAGUACCAGGUACUUCCCCUUCUUUACCUUCCUCCUCGUUCUUCCUCUCCGUCGAUUUCCUUCUUUCUUCCCCCUUUUGAGUCGUUUCAUCUUUUGAUGGCUGGAGAGAACAGUGUCGCACCUUCUGCGCUAGCCAAGGGCAAGGGCAAGGCACGCGGCAAGGCGGUGGCCGACGAGAUGGCCGUCGCUAAAAAGAAGAGGGGUGGGAAUAACCCUAGGGAUUCUCACCCCUCCAUCACCGCUCCUGGCUAUGAAUGGGUCAGAGGGGACGUCGGAGAGUUUCAGAGCAUCUUUAAAUCAUUUCUUGAGGUCAAUGAGAUGUGGAAAUCGCACAGGAUCUGCCAAGCGUCCAUUUCCAAGCUCAUCCGGCUUAAACCUUGUCAACCCGGCGAGCGUUUUGAGUGCGAUUUUUUGAAUUUCAUCAACGCGGCUCCUUGCCAACUGCACCACAAUAGUUGGGGUUUUUUGAAGGCUUUUCAAGUCAUGUGCUCGGCCCUGGGGAUAGGGUUGGCAUUGCCCGUCUUCCUCCAUUUCUACCAACUCAAGUUGGGCGAGUCAGUGGCACAAGAUGCCACAAACAUGCCCAAUGUUGAGAAUUACACUUUUCACAGCACAUGUGCCUUUACCACCAUUUAUUUGUGGGAGAAAAUGGGAAGGUCUUCAUUUGAAGGCUUGCAUGUCCCAGAAGGAAAACUUCCUUCUUUCGAAGGAUGCUACCCAACCCAAUUCUUGGAUUUCUUGAUUGCACGAGUUGAAUUUAUCAAAUUCAGUGAUGGACACAUCUACAACACAAGCAGGGAAAUUGAAGGUGUUUACCUUGAGUUGAUGAAGGGUGUGACUGGUGGCAAGAAAAUUUGGGCACUGGGACCGUUCAACCCUUUAACCGUUGAGAAGAAGGGUUCAAAAGGAAGAAGGCACUCAUGCAUGGAGUGGCUUGAUAAACAAGAGCCAAAGUCAGUCAUAUAUGUGUCUUUUGGGACUACAACAACUUUGAAAGCGGAACAAAUCCAACAGAUUGCAACUGGGUUGGAACAAAGCAAGCAGAAGUUCAUUUGGGUGCUUAGAGAUGCUGACAAAGGAGACAUCUUUGAUGCAAAUGAAGCAAAAGGGCAUGAUCCUUCAAAUGGGUUUGAGGAGAGAUUUGAAGGAAUAGGGCUUGUUGUGAGGGAUUGGGUGCCCCAAUUGGAAAUUCUGAACCACCCUUCAACAGCGGGGUUUAUGAGUCAUUGUGGAUGGAACUCAUGCUUAGAGAGCAUAACCAUGGGGGUGCCAAUAGCAGCAUGGCCUAUGCACUCUGACCAGCCACGAAACUCAGUUUUCAUGACACAGGUGCUCAAGGUUGGUUUAGUUGUGAAGGAUUGGGCCAAGAGGGAUGUGUUGGUUACUGCUUCGGUUGUUGAGAAUGCUGUGAGAAGGUUGAUGGAAACAAAGGAAGGUGAUGAGAUGCGAGAGAGAGCAUUGAGGCUUAAAAAUGCCAUCCACAGGUCCAUGGAUGAAGGUGGAGCUUCUCGCAUGGAAAUGGAAUCUUUCAUUGCUCAUAUCACUAAGUAGUCUUAUGGAUUAAUAUUAGUUUGUGGUUCCUUUUUGAAUAAGACAGAAUUUGAAUUCAUGAAUAAGUUAAUGCGCAGAAUAGGAUUGGCAUGAAAAUA